UUUUGUUCUACUUUAGCUUCCAAAUUCACACUGUUUUGUUCAUUCACCGUGUGGUGGUGUUGAAUUACCUGGGUGUUCAUCCAUUUUUCUGGGUUUUUAGUUCACUGUUUCUUCAUUGAUGUUCUAUGGGUUUUAGGGCCUUUAAGGUUUGUGUUUGGUGAUCUUGCGGGCGUACGAAGUUAAUCUUUCAAUUCAGUAUUUAAUUUGGUGAACGAGUUCAUCAGAAUUGCAAUUAGGGUUUGGAAUUGUAAGUAAACUGGGGUCAGAUAGAACAAGGCUUAACUGAAAUUGGUCCUGUUUUACAUCUUGUUGAAUUGAAUCUUUUCAAUUUCUCAUUUUCUUGGUAGCAGCAUACCUAGGAGCUCUUCUUCUUAAGAAAAACAAAAGCAUAAAUGAUAAAAGAUCAUACCUAAGACUUUUUUAACCUCAAUUUUACUAGUCUGUUCUUGAUCUGAGAGCUUAUGAACAGUGGAAAUGUUCUAUGUUUUUUGGGUUUUGUCAAUUUAGAAGAAUCUCAAGUUUAAUGAGACAAUAUGAAACGUAAGAAUUGGAUUUAUAAGAGAGGAAUCGGGAUUCAAGGGAGAUUCCGGAAGAUGAUGAAGUGCAUUUGUUCUGGAGAGCAGUUAAGAGUAGAGGAAAUUAUUCCUUCUUCGGAAUCACUGGCGACCCGAGACUAUUCAGCUAGUGGAUAUUCUUCUCGAGCUGGUGACACCGAGACAAAGGCAGAUACUAGCAACAUCGAAGAGGCUGAAUCAUCUCUUCGUGAGAGUGGUUUUCUGAACUACGAGGAAGCAAGAGCUUUACUAGGACGACUUGAGUUUCAGAAAGGAAAUAUAGAAGCUGCUCUUCAUGUGUUUGAAGGAAUUGACAUAGCUGCAGUAACUCCCAAGAUGAAAGUCUCCAUUGCCAGGAGAUGUGAACCCAACAGACGCCGUUCACAAAAAGCGGCUCAAUCAUGCAAAGUUAUUCUGGACACUGUUGAAUCUGCAUCACCAGAAGGCCUACCUGUAGACUUUGCUGUUGACUGUAAGUUGCAAGAGACUCUAAGCAAGGCAGUUGAGUUGCUUCCAGAGUUGUGGAAACUUGCUGGGUCCCCUCAAGAAACAAUCUUAUCAUAUCGGCGUGCCCUCCUCCAUCGUUGGAUUCUUGACAUGGAAACCACAUCGAAGAUAGAAAAAGAGUUUGCGACUUUUCUUUUGUACUGUGGUUGUGAAGCAAGCCCUCCAAAUCUUCGUUCUCAGAUGGAAGGUUCUUUUGUACCAAGAAAUAAUACAGAAGAGGCCAUUCUUUUGUUAUUAAUUCUAUUAAGAAAGUUUGUUCUCAGAAAGAUUGGAUGGGACCCAUCCAUUAUGGAGCACCUUUCUUUCGCACUGUCUGUUUCUGGGGAACUAAGGGCCCUUGCCUGUCAGGUUGAAGAGUUGCUUCCUGGGAUUAUGGAAAGAAAAGAAAGAUAUCGUACUCUGGCUCUGUGUUACCAUGGGGAAGGCGAGAACAUGAUUGCUUUGAAUCUAUUGAGGAAAGUGGUGUAUAACAGUGGGGAUCCAAACUCUGUAUUGGAUUUGUUACUGGCUUCAAAGAUUUGUGGGGAGAAUGUGAUUUGUGGGGAGAAUGUGGGUUGUGCUGAAGAAGGAAUAGGAUAUGCUCGCAAAGUGCUUUCCAAAUUACAUGGAGGAUGCAACUAUUUGUUUAGUGUUGCUAAUGGCUUGCUUGGUAUUUUACUCUCAGCACAAUCCAGAUCCAUUGCUUCUGACUCUGAGAGGAGUGUAAGACAGUCUCAAGCACUUCAGGCUCUAGAAACUGCUGAGAGAACCAUGAGAGAAACAAAUCCUAAUAUUAUAUACCACAUUAGUCUUGAAAACGCAGAGCAGAGGAAGUUAGACAUCGCUCUUUAUUAUGCAAAGCAGCUGUUAAAACUUGAGGCUGGGUCUAGUGUUGUAGGUUAUAUACUUUUGGCUCGAAUAUUGUCAGCUCAGAAGCUGUUCAUUGAUGCUGAGGUUAUAAUUGAUGCUGCUUUGGAUGAAACUGGGAAGUGGGAUCAAGGGGAACUUCUACGAACUAAAGCUAAACUCCAGAUUGCACAAGGCCACUAUAAAAAUGCCAUAGAGACAUAUACGCACCUUCUUGCUGUUCUUCAACUUCAAAAUAAGAAUUUUCGGGCUGGGAAAAAGCUUCAAAAGAAUAGGGAAAAGCGUGAUAGGAGUUUAGAAAUGGAGACAUGGCAUGAUCUAGCUAAUAUAUAUACAAGCUUGUCGCAGUGGCGGGAUGCUGAAGUGUGUCUUUCAAAAUCCAAGGCUAUCAGUCCUCAUUCUGCAUCUAGGUGGCACACCACCGGUUUACUCUAUGAAGCGAAGGGUCUCCACAAAGAAGCUCUGAAAUAUUUUGAGCAAGCAUUGGAUGUUGAGCCCACCCAUGUGCCAAGCUUGAUCUCCACAGCCACUGCUCUCAGACAACUUGGUGACCAAUCAUUGCCUGUUGUGAGAAGUUUUCUGACCGAAGCUCUUCGACUGGACAGAACAAAUCCUUCUGCAUGGUACAAUCUUGGGCUUCUCUACAAUGCCGAAGCCGGUGCAUCAGCACUAGAGGCAGCUGAAUGUUUUGAGGCUGCAGCUCUUCUUCAAGAAUCUGCACCUGUAGAACCCUUCAGAUGAUCAGCCUUUCGCCCGCACAUCAUUCUGUAAACCACAUAUACAUGGUUGUGAAUUAGUUCUUGAAAUGUAAUACCACUCGCUUUCCGCGUAAUGUAGUUAUUCUGUAGAAAUCUAAAAAAGAAAAUGAUCAAAUUUUCAUUUCAAAUUUCCUUUAAUUUAAUUCAAAAGUUUCUUCCUUUGAUUUCAA